UCGGAAUUCUAACCUAUUAGCCGCUUUUGUUUACGUGUAGUUUUCCUGUGCCGCUUUGUAGGUAGACGUCAAAUGCAUUCAAUAAUUUGAAUAAAAAGUAAGAAUCGGUGCUCUUAAUUUGGCGGGUAUGCUUUAAAAUAGUUAAGAAAGCAAACUUAUUUUUGUUUUAGAUAUCUGUGAUAAAUGCCCUUAACCAGCAGAAAUGUCGUUUGUAAUAUAUCUAAGUAGGAGAGCCAGGACUAUCAGAAUAUUUGCAGGCUUGGUUGUAGUAAUCUUUAUAAUGUAUUUGUUAGCCACAUAUGAUAAAGGCAAGGAAAUUAGAAGAUUAAGCCAUUUUGCUCAACAUAUUGAGGCGAGCCCCAAACUGGUGACUGGUUUGGGAAAUUUCGAGCCCAAAGAGGUUGACAAUAAAGACGGACCUGGUGAGAAAGGUCAACCGCAUCACCUUCGGCAAGAUCAGCAAAAUGAUGCAGAUCAAUCUGAAUCUGAAUAUGGAAUGAAUGUAGCAUGUUCUGAUGAGAUUUCCUUGGACCGAACAAUUUUGGAUACUCGAUUAGAACAGUGUAAACACUGGGAUUAUCCAUCAGAUUUGCCAUUAACCUCUGUAAUUAUUGUAUUUCAUAAUGAAGGUUGGUCUGUAUUACUGAGGACUGUACAUUCAGUGUUAAACAGAACACCCAGUCGUUUAUUAAAAGAGAUUUUAUUGGUUGAUGACUUUAGUGAUAAGGAAAAUUUGAAAUAUGAUUUACAAAAAUACAUUGAGCAAUUUGAAGGUAAAGUGAGGCUAAUAAGAAAUAUUCAGAGAGAAGGGUUAAUCAGAACCCGCUCUAGGGGGGCAGUUGAAGCAAAAGGCGAAGUUAUAGUAUACUUGGACGCCCAUUGUGAAGUGAAUACAAAUUGGCUGCCACCAUUAUUGGCGCCAAUUUAUCGUGACAGAACUGUUAUGACAGUGCCCAUUAUUGAUGGUAUUGAUCACAAAACAUUUGAAUACAGACCUGUUUAUGGGGAUGACAGACAUUUUCGAGGCAUAUUUGAAUGGGGAAUGUUGUAUAAAGAAAACGAAGUACCAGAGAGAGAGCUCAAAAAGAGAAAACACAAUAGUGAACCUUAUAAAAGCCCCACCCACGCAGGUGGAUUGUUUGCUAUUGAUCGCAAAUACUUUUUGGAGAUAGGGUCUUACGACCCUGGCCUGUUGGUUUGGGGAGGUGAAAAUUUCGAGCUUAGUUUUAAAAUAUGGCAGUGUGGAGGCAGCAUUGAGUGGGUACCAUGUUCCAGAGUGGGUCAUGUGUACCGCAGCUUCAUGCCUUACAAUUUUGGUAAACUGGCUCAAAAAAAGAAAGGUCCAUUAAUAACCAUAAACUAUAAGCGGGUUAUCGAGACCUGGUUUGAUGAGAAAUAUAAAGAGUAUUUUUAUACAAGAGAGCCAAUGGCGAGAUAUUUGGAUAUGGGCGAUGUGACAGAGCAACUGGCUUUGAAAGAAAGACUGAAAUGCAAAAGCUUUCAAUGGUACAUGGACGAGGUGGCUUAUGAUAUUUUGGAUAAAUAUCCUGAGCUACCCCCUAAUCUUCAUGUUGGCGAAUUGCGAUCUGUAGCCGUUGGAAAAUGCUUAGACACUCUCGGUCAUGGCCCGCCAUCGCUGAUGGCCAUACAGCAUUGCCACGGAUUCGGCAACAAUCAGCUGAUCCGUCUCAACGCCAAAGGGCAAUUGGGUGUCGGCGAGAGGUGCAUCGAAGCGGACGCCCAAGGGAUCAAACUGGCGUUUUGUAGGUUGGGAACAGUAGACGGGCCGUGGCUCUACGAUGAAAAUACCCACACAUUGAUGCAUAGGGUCCACAAAAAAUGCAUGGCAUUGCACCCCCAGACGUCCCACCUGUCGUUGAUGCCUUGCGAUAUCAAUAACGCGUAUCAGCAAUGGUUGUUCAAAGAGUUGAAACCGAAAUGGUAAAUUUUGGAAGCAACAAGUUUUAUGUCGGUAUACAAGACACACUGCCACUUUGAUUUUUGAUUUUUGUUUAUUUGAUUUGUUUAGGAGGAUCGAGACGCCAAAUUUUUUUUAAAUUUGAAUUUGUUUUUUUUUUAAUUUUCAUGUACUUACUGUUUUAUUUUUCUGUAAUUUUUUGUUUCCUGUGUUUGUGUGUGAAGUCAUCAUUCUUCCCUGGCAGCUUUGAUGUUGGCCGGGCUUAGGCAGCUUUGUAGUCUUAAUUAACUCUUAAUUAAUUUAAUUCAUAAAUGUAAUUUUCAAUUGGUAACAAUUAAAAAAAUGAGUAAAGGGGUUUAGAAUUUUAAAUACAUUUAAGAUUUAGUUGGCCAAUCCCGGCCAUAUUUUUAAUUCGUGUUAAAAAAAAAGACUUGAAAACGAGUUUUUUUUGCGAUUAUUAUUUCCCGGAGCUGUUAAUCCAAGACAAUCACUUUAGUAUUAAUUUUUUGCAAGUGCAUUUAUUUGAAUAUUAAUUUUAUCUUCCAAAUCAGCCCUUAAGCAAUAUAUAAAAUCAUUUACUAGAACAUGUUACAACUUAAAUUUGUAAAUAUAC